GUACAGGUAAAAAUGGCGGUUUGAUAAGAGAGUGAGCCUAUUUCGGAGCGUCUUACUGUUGCAACUGGGAGACAACAUAAACAAAUACAAUGGCCUCCGAAAAACGAAGUGAAAUUAGAAACAAGUCGGGUCUGAAGAAAAAGAAGAGCAAUUCUGGAGGUAGCCUUUUCAGCUGUACGAAAGGUCAGCAGGAUGAUUCCUCAAUGAUCGACGAACGGGAACAUAAGCUGAGGCUGAUAACGUUGGAAAAUGAGGAACUGCAGAAGCAGAAUAAGGAACUGAUGGAUGUUAUCAAGACCAUGGUGGAACAGAUGGAGAAAACUGUAAUAUUACAAAAUUGUAAAAAUGUUAUGUUCGGGGACGACGGAGUCAUUAAGGUCGAGGAAACGAUAGAUACUAAGAAAUUAGACAUAUACACGGACACCGUGAUUAAAACCUUAAAUAUUGCUGCAGAUGACAAGAAAAUGCUAGAGCUCACAGUUCGACGGUUGGAGGAAACACUUGGCAGUGUGGAAAACAAAAUGAACGUGAUGGAAGCUCAUUUCAGUGAUUUAACUGCAACACUGACACGAGAUUUCAAAAAGGCCGCCGAUCAGUUGAUGCAGCACAACUUGGAUAUUGCUAAUCAAUUUAGCGACGUGAGGACAAUAUUCCAAAGGGCCCAAGAUGAUAAAAUCAAUGAGACAAUGGAUGAGGAAGACGAUAGGAAGAUCAAAGCAGGGAUCAAUGCCAUAAGAGACUGUGUGAUCCCGACACCUGAUGUAACGGGCUCUACACUUCCAAUUCCCGCCAGAAAACUACACAAGAUGCUGACAAGCAAAUAUGGAAAGAUCCCUGUCGAGUUGGAGAUGCUGUUCACGUCUAGCUCUAAGGGUUACUACGAGUCGUCCGACACGUUUGAUAACACAGUCGCCCGGUGGCUAGUAGGAUGGGUUCGCAGUAGUGCUGACAACACAGCAGAUGUCCUACGGACGAAGCUGGCCAAUCUGAACAAGAUUGUCGACAUUGUCAGUGACAGUGAAGACUGAAAUUACGGUUAUCUUCAAGAAUCGGAGAGGUCUCACCCAGGAUUUCGUUUUGUAUGCGGACCGGCAAUCAUGUCAUCCAAUUGUAUGGACACACGCCUCUGUCGUUACUCUAUAUGACAGAGUAUCUUGGUAAUAAAUAUCCAAGUAAUAUUUUAUCAACAGAAGUGCUAUGUUAUCAACAAUAGUACCUUGUUAUCAACAAUAGUACUAUGUUAUCAACAAAAGUGCUAUGUUAUCAACAGUAGUACUAUGUUAUCAGCAUAAGUACUAUGUUAUCAACGGAACUACUAUGUUAUCAACAUAAGAACUGUUAUCAACAGUAGUGCAAUGUUAUCAACAGUAGUUCUAUGUUAUCAACAAUAGUACUAUGUUAUCAACAUAAGUACUAUGUUAUCAAUAUAAGUACUAUGCUAUCAACAGUAGUGCUAUGUUAUCAACAGUAGUGCUAUGUUAUCAACAGUAGUACUAUGUUAUUAACAGAAGUACUAUGUUAUCAACAGAAGUACUAUGUUAUCAACAGAAGUGCUAUGCUAUCAACAGUAGUGCUAUGUUAUCAACAGAAGUACUAUGUUAUCAACAUAAGUACUAUGUUAUCAACAGUAGUACUAUGUUAUCAACAGAAGUGCUAUGAUAUCAACAGUAGUACUAUGUUAUCAACAGGAGUACUAUAAUAUCAACAGUAAUACUAGUUUAUCAACAGAAGUGCUAUGCUCUCAACAGUAGUGCUAUGUUAU